AUGAGGUUGAAGGCCUACCUCAAAGAUGUUGAUAGCAAGUGGAGAUCAGGAAAUGCAAGAGUUGCAGUCUUGGUGAGCCAGAUUAGGACUGCGGCUUAUGAAGCUCAGAAUGUCAUCGAAGCUGCAGAUUAUAUGGAAAAAAGAAACAGGCUCAAGAAGGGAUUCAUGGGCACUAUUUCAAGGUAUGCUAGAUUGCCGAAUGACUUGGUAACCCUUCGUAAAAUCGGUGCUGAAAUUCAACGUGUAAAAAGGAAGAUCAAGGAGAUUUUUGCAAGUGCGGAUCAUCUGAAAAUUGAAUUGGAUAAUAUUGUUGUUGUCGAGGAUGAGUUUCUGCGAGAUUGUAGCCCUAUGAAUGGAAACUUUGAAGAUGAUGUCGCCAUGGUUGGUUUUGAGGACGAGCACAAAGAAUUAGCAAAUAAAUUAGUUUGCGGAGAACAAAUGCUUAGUGUUGUGUCUAUAGUUGCCAUGAGCGGGGCAGGAAAAACAACAAUUGCUAGAAAGGUCUACACUUCAUCUAGAGUUAAGGAGCACUUUGACACACUUGCUUGGGUGACUGUAUCUCAAAAGUUCAAGGGUGUUGAUUUGCUAAAAGAUAUUAUGAAACAAAUCACAGGGCACAAGGACGACUCAGUUGACAAAAUGAAGGAGUAUGAGGUGGGAAAGAAGAUCAAUGAAUUUCUGUCACAAAAAAGGUAUCUAGUAGUUCUUGAUGACGUUUGGGAAACAGAUACAUGGGAGCAAUUAAACGGAACGAUUAAAGUAUUUCCAGAUGAAACUAAUGGUAGUAGAGUGCUGUUAACCACACGAAAGGAAGAUGUCGCAAAUCAUGUUCAGAUGCCAACCCAUGUUCAUCAUUUGAAGAAGUUAGAUGAAGAGAAAAGUUGGGAACUUUUUAGCAGCAAAGCUUUACCACCAUACAAAAGGUCUACCAUACGUGAUGUGGACGAGUUUGAAAAGCUUGGGAGAAAGCUUGCAAAGAAAUGUGAUGGAUUGCCACUUGCACCACUAGUAGAUAAACCACCAUUAGCCCCGGUUGGUAAGGGCCUUUUGUCCCGGUUCCUGAACCGGGACUAA